GGUCUUUGUGUGAAGGCGGGGAGCAGUUGGCUCGGAUAGUCUGCUGAUUAGCAACAAACAGAAGGUUACGAGUUAGAAAAUUUUUGAUAAUUUUCCAGCCAGAGCGCCUCCGCGGCUACAGGAGCAGGGUUAACUAUGCCGGGGGCCUAACCGGAGCUUGUUAGGUGGCUUUUGGGAGCAAAAGGCGGGCAUUUGUGAAAUUUCGUAGGCUUUCGCGGCGAGAAGGGUGAGAGAGAGGGUCCGCCUCGCUUUGAGAUCGUUUCAAGCGGCGAUGCUUUAGCUGAUAGCUGCGUCAUCAUGUUGCUUCCGAGUCGAGUUGGCGAGAAGAAAUCCCAAGUUAACGCCGGGAGGUGAGGCUGCCCGCCGACAUCCAGCCCCGGAGGCCACUCCCGACAGUUGAAGUGCGUGGAAGACGAGCUGCCGGAUCAAGACGGAUUGAUCUGUUUCUGUUAUCACAUCAACGCGGACUUUGUCUCAGGUCAGCUGGGAAGGUUUCUGAACAGAAGAUCUGGUUAAAAAUGGACGCAGGGCGCAGUUAUGCGUCCAAGAAGGGGAUGGAGUCUGCGGGGAGCAGGUCCUCUAACUUUGAGGUGAUUGACGGGUUGCUCUACCGCAAGAAGUUUGAAAAGGGCUUCAUCCACUACCGGGAGGUUCUGGGGGAGGACAGGAGGCAGGAGGCCAUCUCCACCUUCCACAGGAGGAGACCUGGCCAGCGCCACCUCUCCCUGGAAGAGACCUAUAAAUGCGUGGCUGAGAACUACUGGUGGGAAGGAAUGUACUUUCAGAUCAGAGACUUUGUCCUUCACUGUCCACAAUGCAAGAGUCUGCACAGUAAAACAUUGGCGGGGUUUGAUGGAAGGAGAUGCGUCUCCAAGACGGUCCCAUCACAUGGCGCCGACUUGCUCAGCAAGCUGAGGAGUCAGAGGGAGGCGGGGCUGUUCUGUGACAUCACCCUGCGAACGAACGGCGGAUCCUUCUCGGCUCACCGAGCCGUCCUGGCGGCUGUCAGCGAUCACUUUCACGAAGUUUUGGCUGAAAUGGACUCGAGCAAGAUGGCAGACAUAGAUCUCUCUGGUUUCAGCGAGGACAGUCUUUUGUCUCUGCUGGACUUCUCCUACUCCUCCACCCUGCGUGUUCAUCAGGAGAACCUACCGGAGGUCUGUGCGAUGGCCCGUCACCUGGGCAUGUGGCCUGCAGUGGAAGCCUGUGCGGCUCUCCUCAAAGAGCAGGAGCAGCAGCUCCAUCUUCCUGGAAAGGCCUUCAGCUCAGCUCGCUCUAACUCAUUCAGUCAGAGCCCCCAUCAGCAAAGGGAAGGGCUUUUAAAACUAGAGAACAUGAAUGAAGGCUUUAGUCUGGUACUAGAGACGUCCGAUGAGUCUUUGUCAGAAAGUCCAAAGCGCAACCUGCGCAGAACGCCAAAACCUCAGGCUGAGAACGGCCUCCCUCUGAGUCCCUCACACAGGAUGAAGCUCAUGGACUUUAAAUCUCCCUCUUCCAAAAAAGCCAGCACACCGCGCCAUGGCAUCGGCGCCUCUCGGUCCCAGAGUUACUCCCCCGUAUCGGUGUCAACCCCCCGUCUCCUCCGCUCCUCUCCUGGAGCCGCCAAAGAAGUUCAGAGGUUCCUGCCGAAGCCAGAGAUGCCUCAGAAGAACCGAAAAUCUUACUCUAUGUCAUCCAGGUCGCGGCAGGGCACCUCCUGCAGCCCGGUGAGGGUAAAACAGGAAGCCGAGGAGGUGGGAGAAGACGAGGAGGAUUAUGCAAGAGCGCAGGAGAAGUACAAGCUCAUGAACGUCCUCGGGCUCCAGAGGACCGCUCUCCUGCCCCGACCAGAAGAUCUCAUCGGCUGGAGGCAAAAGAAACGACUUCGGAAGUUAAAGGCCAACAACUAUUCCCUGACUAAGCGGCGGGAACCACGACCUUCACCCCCCAGAACCUCAUAUGAGGACGUGAAGCUGUCGCUUCCUCUCUGCAACCCUGUCAACACGCAACUCCUCAAAAAGUCAGUCAAGUCCAAAGGUUUGGGCUCCAUCCAAAAGAUUUCAGCUAAGAGGAUGCAAAGUCUCCAGCAGCUGAUCCCUCCUACUGACAGGAGCAUGAGAAGUAAAGGGGUCCUACCGGACCUGUUCCAGUGGACCUCAGUGCCGGUGUUUGGUGGGAGGGAGCUCAGGCGGUCUGUGAGGAAGGGGGAUGCUGCCCAGCAGCCUCUGCAUUACAGAAAGAAGAAAAGCUUAGCAAGAAACGUGGUUAAAGUUAAAGCAGAAACGACUGAAUGCUCCAUCUCAGGUCUCAGGCACUCAUCACAAAGUGGACACACGUCUCCAAGCCCCCUGCCCUCGCAGAGGACGCAGACCAGACAGAAGGUCGCCGCAGAUGCGGUGAAAUCGCUGCGGUACAACAGCAGCCGACCGGCAGCCAAAGCCAAGCUGAAACGGGCCUCCAUGAAAGAGGGGGGUGGGGCCAAGGGCAAGGUCAGAGAGGAAGCAAGACCCAAAGGGAAGGUUUCUGAACCCAACGGCCUUCCAGAACACCCCCCUCAACCUUCUCUUUAUAGCCACCCCCUCUACAAGGCUAUUAAAGAAGAACCAGCCGAACCGGUGCCGGUUGGACCUUUCCCCGAUCCUCCCUCUCCAGACCUGGGCAAGCGGCAGAGCAAACCCCCCAUCAAGCUGCUGGACUCAGGCUUCCUGUUCAGCUUCUGUCGGCCGGUGGGGGGGUCCGGGACAGGUGUGAAGAAGGAGGAGGAGAGUGUAGCUAUCUGUCUCACCCGAUCCGUGUCUCAGGUUCCAGCAAAAUUCGAGGCAGAAGGAAGGGCGCUGAGGGCCCGGGGCCCCACCGGCCUGUGCCUGGGGAGGAGGGAGGAGAGGAGAGCUGGACACGGACGACUUCUGAGGCACAGACCGAAGUCCAAAGAAACCGGAACCCAUCUGGACAAAUGUGCUGGGUCCAUAACACCUAAGAAGACGGCAAAGGUAAACAGUAGUAACCAUGAUUAGAAGAACAAUCCAGAAUGUGGAUUUUCUGAUCCACUCAGGCUCCAAAUCUUCCCAUACACCCACUAACCAUAGUCCUGAAGGUUGGUUUUGAUUCUGCUGCAGCAAUCAGGGAACAGAUAUAGAGAAAUACUAUGGAAGAUCAGUGAUUGUUUGGAAAAGUAAUUUGAUCUGUGAAUUAUUAAAUUAUGUGUUGCUGCAUCUACAUUUAAAGUUUUCUAAAGCAUUUUCUUUGCAUGUAGAAACAAAAUAAAGUCCUCGCCCUGAGCAGCAGCAGCAGGAGCUGUGCCAUGAUGGACCCGGUACAUCGAGCCCGGCUCAAGCAGCUUCGAGGGCCUCGGAGUCAAGCCCCCAAAGUCCCAAAGGCGUCCCACGCCUGCCUGCAGUGUCCAGCCGCCUACAAGGACUGCAACGCUCUAAUUAUGCAUCAGCUGAGGCACAUUGAAGGAAAGCACUGGCCCUGUCCGCUCUGCAGCAAAAGUUUCUUCAGGCUGAGGAACGUCCGGAACCACAUCCGCACCCACGACCCAAAGUUAUACAAAUGCCGCAGCUGCAUUGCGGCCGGUUCGUGAGGCGGCUGCUUCCAGCACAGGCGCACAGAGGAUGAAAGCCAUCAGUGUCUCACCAGCAGCCAUCAGACUGAAGCCGGAGACGCAUGAUGGAUCCGCAGCUUGUAUAUACCGAAUCCAGACACACUCGAGCACAACGGUCUGCAGAAAGGCUUCACUGCUGUUAUCAACAACUACUAUAAUUAUUUAAAUAACCAAACCAAGGUUGCCGUUCCUGUUUGCUUCUUUGGUAGCUACAGAAACUUGAACAUUACUCUCAGGGGGGUGGGGAAUAUGAUGCCACGGUGUAAAGUGAUUCCAUAUCACAGUUGUAUAAAAAGAGAAAAAAAAAAGAAAUGUAAAGUGAUUGUUAUAAUUAUUACGGCUACUUAUUGUUACCUUUAUUUUUCUAUGUAUAGAUGAAUGUGGAGUGCACUUAUGUCAUGGCUUUUGUUGUAAACCUAAGAAACGGUGAUGAAGCUGAAGGUUUGGAGUCUGAGGUGGCAAUACUUGAAGUUGGAAAAGGUGGGGUCCACUUGGUCUUUUUCCUGUCCUGUGCUGAUGUUUCAAUGACUUGACGUCUUUUGGCAUUGAUUUGGCGGGGAAUGGGGUGGGUGUACGAAGACACCACUGCAUGUGUAUUUUCAGGCCAUUUGUAGUCCUCUGUCUUUUCUAAGGCUGCUGGGUUUAAAAAAGGGAAAAGUGUCUUUUUUUUUUUUAUGUGAAUUUCUUAACUUUAUUCAAGACGACAACGUCAUGACAGAUCAGAGGUUUUAUUAAUCUUCUUUUUAAUGCAAGACCAAAUCCUCUUGCUCUAAUUAAAAUUUCCCCUCCUACUGAAUAAAUGCAAUGUGCACAUACAGAGAUGUUUAUGUAUCACAAAUUGAUUUUAGAAAUAAAUGAGCUGUCUCCUGCUAUCUGUUAAAAGAUUAAAUAAAUUUUGCCUUUUAAUAUUCA